AUGGCGAGCUCUAGCAAUAAGACUGUCAACAAUUACAAGGAAUAUUACGAUCUAACUGAACAACAACGCAAAGCUUACGUUCUACUUCUCUCCGGCUGCCCGAAGGGUAUUGAAUUUCUAUUCAGCAGUAAUUUCAACACGACCAUGAAUGCCAUAGCUUUCGAUGCCAAGAUCACAACCAAGUUUGGUGUUCAUAUUGAACGUGCCAUCGAGGAGUUCCGCCGUUUCAUUGCCUUGAAAUUCUUUUUCAAAAACACGGAGUCACAACUUCUGAGCCCCACCACUCUGAUCGAGAGCCUCUGGCAGAGUGCUGUAUUGCACACCCAAUUCUACGCCAAACUGCAAACAGCACUUCGUCAAAGAAUUCACCAUCGACCAGUCGGCGUUGGCGACAUGGAAACCGCUGCAAGAUCAAAGAGCAUGGCCACUACACAAGUGCUGUUCAGAAAUUAUUUCAGGGAGGAGUGUCUUGCAAAGUCCAUGCGAAUGGACAAGUUCGGGAAAUCAAUUGUAUUCGAAUGCUACGAUGACAAAGGUCGGACCAAGAAUAUUCGUACAACCACUAGCACCACAGUUCUAGAUUUUCUGCAAACGGCGGUGUCACCUUUGAAAUUGUCGGGUGCAAAACUUCACCAUGAAUACGAAGUGUUGGAGCUUGACCGCACACUAGGCGAAUGCGGAAUCAAGAACAAGGCUUAUGUAUAUGUCACUGUGGAUGAAUCGUUCGACUGA